GCGCACUUUGGUUCUCCUGUGAACUCGAAAUCUGCCGUCAAAACAACAUCCUGCUUUCCGUUCCGCAAGUCCAGGAUGGACGUCCCCUUUCGGAGCGCCAUAAACGAUCCGCACCAAUGUCGCCUGUGCCUCCGGGUAUGCGACGACACUUUCCUAGAGAGCAUCUUCUCCGGCCAGGAGUACAGCAUCGCGCACCAGAUCUUCGAGUGCACCUCGAUACGCGUAACCCAGCAGGACAAUCUGACCAAAAUCUGUCGAAACUGUGCGGCACUGCUGUUCAUCACAACCGAGUUCCGGAACGCGUGCUUCAAGACCAACCGGCUUCUGUUGGAGGACUUUGUGAUCUUGGAGGUGGGAGAGUGGGUGGAUGAAGCAAACCGGAAGGCGCUGAAGAAUUGCUCGGAGUUGAUUGUGAAGCACAAGCAGCAGGUGGACUAUCUGUACGAUAGUAUAGUGCCGGAUUCGGAGUCCUAUCUGGCGGGAUCGCUGGAAAUCGAACGGGAGUUGUUCAACUCCGCAAGCACGAGUGAUGGUAAGGAACCGAAGGAAAAGGAUGGCGCAGAGGAUAUUCCGGACGUGCAGCCGGAAGAACCGGACCCGGAGAUUAUCCAAGAGAUUACAAAGUUCUUGGAGGCUCAGCAGACGAUCGGUGAAGGUGGACUGUGUCAAUUGUGCUCCUUGGAUGUAGGCCGAAACAUUCCAGAAGAUUCUGUGACCACGAUUCGAAGAUAUUUCAAAGGCGCGCAAACCAUAUGGAUCUGCGAUGUGUGUCGACAGUGCCUGGAAAUUAUAUCGCUGUGGAAGGACUCGUUUCGAAGUAAAGCAGUUGCGAAAGCGACUUACAAACUAAGCAAUAUCAAGGAGACUCAGAGACAUCUGUUGAAGCAGUUUCGCGACCUCAACGCUCAACUGGAGAAGAAACCUCACAAGGCAAAAUCGGUCGGAACGAAACCUAGCAAGCGCAAGAAAAUCGAGUGUGGUCUCUGUGGCAAGCAGUACGAUAGCUGGAAGAUGAAGGCGCAUAUGAACGAGCACGAGAGGAAGAAGCCUUACCAAUGUGAUCAGCUCGGAUGCAGCAGUGCUUUCAGUGGGGUUGAUCUGCUGAACCGUCACAAGAAGCUGUGGCACUCGGACUACUUCUACAAGAGCUGCUCGACCUGUGGUAAGAAGUGCAAAACCCAGGGAAUCUACAAGACGCACAUCUCCUACCACGAGGAACCGCAGCUGCCUUGUGAGGUGUGCGGGAAGCUGAUGAGGAACAAGAGAAGCAUGUGGAAACACAUGAAGUCCCAUCAGACGCCGGAGAAUCGGGAACACGUGUGCGAGGUAUGCAACAAGCGGUUUGCCGUGGCUUACACUCUGCGAGUGCACAAACGGAUUCACACCAAUGAGAAGCCAUUUCCCUGCGGGAACUGUGGGAAGCAAUUUCAGUAUAACUGUCUGCUGAAGAACCACCUCGAAAGGUGCCAUGCAGGAGAACCUUCUGCAGAACUCGAGUUGACGUAGCCAGGGGC